AAAAUGAAAAUUGAGUACACAAGACGGAGGUGUUUACAUUUUAUUUAAGAAAAAAGUACAAAAUAUAAUGAAACAGUCAAAUGCUGAUCGUCGAGAUGAACAAUCUUGUAGUUUUUACAGUACUGCUGAAAAUUUCUUUUUCGGUUGGAUUUGAUUUAAAUAAAACUGUAGCAUGUAAUAUUCAGUACUAUUUCUAUCAUGGCUCAUCACUUUCCAUUUACGACAUCAAAAGCUUCUCAAAAAUCAUUGACAAUCCAAAUUUUGAUCCAGACAAGCCAACAACAUUCUACAUUUAUGGAACGAUAGAGGGAAUUUGGGUGCCAACUGUCAUCGCUGUCAAAGAUGCUUAUCUAGCUAAUGGAAGGCAUAAUUUCAUUAUUGUUGGAAAUAAGAAUCCAUUCUUGCAUGUUUUCAACAACGCGCUGAUAAUUGCUGAUAAAUUUUCUGAAAACAUGCUCGAAUUAAUAAAUUCUGGAUACGACUAUUCAAAAACUACUUUCGUGUCGUUCUCACUUGGUUCAAAGGCUAUUGCUCCAAUGACUUCAAGAUUAAUAAAAAUGAAAUCAAACAAUAAGUUCAAAUUGCCGAAAAUUGUUGCACUUGAUCCAGGAAUUGUAAGAAAUAAUGAGCUACAUUUAUCAGGCGGAGAGCGACUUAAUUCAAAUGAUGCUGAUUUUGUGAUGACUGUGCACACAGAUUGUCAUUAUUGGGGUACUAAGGAGUCACAUGGACAUGUCAAUUUUUGGAUUAAUGGUGGAUGUGAUCAGCCGAUGUGUGUGAAUGACUUUACAAAAAGCGUCUGCAAUCACUUGAUGGCAGCAUACUAUUGGGCCGAAGCAGUAAAAAGUGAUAGUAAAACUGCAUUUAAAUCAAGGCAAUGUGCCAGUUGGAAGCAUUAUUUGAAAAAAGAUUGUGACUUAAGUUUACCGGUUGCAUAUAUUGGACUUUAUACACAGGCGAAUAUAACUGGUGAUUAUUAUGUGAGAACGAAAAAAGUUGUGCCUUACUCGAGAUCAUGAAGUGAAAAUUGAUGAUUUUUUGAAAGUAAAUUCUUUGUGUUAUUAAUUAUUUAAGUAAUUGAUGUUGCAUCUUAUCAAUACAGGGUCGUAGCCAGGAAUUUGAAGAGGGGGUAGGGGACAAUUUUUUUUGUAUGGAAAACUUUUAGGGGGGGGGGGGGUUAUUUUUUUGAGUUUUUCAUAAAAACUCUAGCAAAAUGAAGAAAUUUUUCAAGACGAAGGGAGAUUUGUCCCCAAAAUCCCCCCUGGCUACGUGCCUGUAUCAAUAGAUCAGAUUUUGAUUGAUCAGAGAGAAUGUUGAGCUUGAAGUAAAAAAUCUAGUCAUUUAAAGUCAUAAGUAUGGUAAAGUUUAUUCUAAACUAUAUCGAGCUUUAACCUGAUAUGUUCUUUUUAUGAAGUUCUAUAGCUCAAUUGAACAAUUCUAACGAUAACAAGUUAAAGGAAGCAAAAAAAACAUUCGCUUUAUUUGUUUGAACUUGAAGCGAAAGUUUAAUGCUGUAAUAAUUGUCAUGUCUAUAAAGACUUAUUAAAUCAAGAUAGCAGUGUCUUUAGCUCGUCGCUUUAUGUAGAAACACACCAUUUGGCUAGAACCCUCUCACAGUAUUAUUAUUGGACUUACUAAACAGCAAAUUAAUUUUGAAAAAAAUAAGAAUUGUA